AUGCCAUCACCGAGUAAUCAGCAGAAAUGUGUUGGAAAAUCACCUGUCAGUGACUUCACAAAAACACCACAGUCAGACAGACAAUCUACAACUUUUCCAGAGACAUGGGGAAAUGUAGAUGCAAGUUCAGCUGAGGAAGUCAGAGGCCUGCCUGAUGUAGUUGUUCCUGAGGAAACAGGCAGCAGCACAUGGAAGUACCUGGCAGAACGGCGGCAAAAGCGUCACGAUGCAGCAGUGACCGAGAUGCAGCAGGAGCUGGACUGCAUUGGCAGGGAGAUGGAAGCCUCUGUUUUGAAUCUUCAAGAAUCCCUUCAGCUUGAAGUGAUGAAAUCAGAUGAAAAGAGUAAACUUCUGCUUGAAAAGAUUGCAUCUGACGUGGCUUUAGAAGGUUUCUCAUUUGAAGGUUUGAAAGAACUCUGGAAUAUGAUCCACCAGGAGUCCUCAAACAGAAGGAAGUGGAUUAGGGCAGUGGACAAAUCCCUGAAGGAGAUUGAAAGGAGUCGAGCCAUGAAAAUAGCAGAUGUACUGACCAAGUAUACUGUGAAACUGGAGGAAAUUGCCUUCUUCUUGGCAGCUGAUGUUCACAAGCUCAUUAACAAUAAGGCCAUGAAUAUAAACAGAGCACUGCUGGGUAAUGAGAGGGCAACUGCCAAGCUGCUCUUUAAUUUAAUGAAAUCAGAGCUUGAGAAAGAAAAAUUGCAUCAACUGAAAUGGCAAGAGAGAGUCAGGGACUGGAAGCUCAUCCAAAAGAACUGUGUAGUUCAGAGUUUCAGAGAAUUUAUGGCAAAUGAAGAAAUACAGAAUCCCCAAGCUGUGAAAAUGGAAAUGGAAAAUAUGAUAAAGGAGCAGAUUGUACUCAGUGAACAGAGACUGAGGGUUUUGCAGCACAUUAGCGUCAUGUUGCCUCCAACACAUAAAAAAUCUGACAUAAAUGAAUGGUACAGAACUCUGGAGAAUUUAAACAAAAAUAUAGACACCCAUAAUGCAGAGUGUGUGGAAAAAAUGCUUGUCCAGUACGAGCUGGUCCAGGGCAAAUGUCAGGAAAAAGUGCAGACCUGCAAGAUGACCCUGUUGGAUAAGAACAUUUGCACAGUAGAAGAUGUUGAACUUGUGAAUUCCAACAUGCUUCAGAUGACUGAGAAACUAAGAAAUAGGUUUGAAGAAGAACUGGAGCACAUGGAUAAUGAUUUUAAGGAGAUGGCUAAAUGGCAUGAGCAGCACUGUCAAGGCUUGUACAGCUGUGUUCAGGAGGCCAUGGGUCUCUGGGAUGUCCAUCUGUCCAAAUUGUCCCUGCAGGAAGAUAUACUUCAGAAGAAAGUAGAUAAAUACAGAUUGCAAAAGGAUAAAAUAAUACAGGUGAUGAAAGAUGAUCUGGAUACAAUUCUGGAAAAAAUGAAAAUGGCCAGCUGUGAAGAAGAGCUGGAGGAAUAUUUGAAGAAUGCCCUUUCUUCUUUAGAUCAAAUUAGAACUAGGAAUGAGACAUUGAAGGAGAUUGCAAUGAAUGAAAUAAUGGUUUAUCCAAAAGCUAUUUUGAGGGAGUUGAUUUCUUACAGUAUAUCCAUCAGCCAGCAUUUUAGUGUAAAGGAAAUCUUCAAACAGAACUUGCAAGGCACAACAGACUCCAGAGUUCAAGAUCAAGAUAAUACCUCAACAGUCCAAACAGGGCUCGAGGCAAGGACAUCCCAUCCCAGAGCAGAGCAGGAUGAUCACCUCUCUCAGCUGGUGCCAGAAGAUAGGGACAGUUGUCAGAAAUCAGCUGGAGAAACAAACCUAACACAGAAACAGGUGAUCUUGGCACAGGAAAUUGAAGAAACAGAGGAAGAAGAAGAAGAAGAGGAGAGCAUCAUUCCUCAUAAAAGUGAAGAAAAUGAGCAUGCAGAAGAGGGACUAAGCAUUACACAGUCAGUGUCCAAGAGCAGCGAGGGAGAAAGUGCUGAAAUUGUCACAGAGGUUUUUUCCACUGCUAGUGGAAACACUUACACUGUUCUUGGAGUUGAAGAGGCAGGAAAGACUGACAUCACAGAGAGUGAUUUUAUAAAAUAUGAAAAAGAAGGACCACUUCCUGUGUACCUGAAAUAUGUACUUCUCACAGAAGCCACAUUUCUUGAACUGAAAAAAAGGAUUCGCCUUUGCUUUUUUGAACACUUGGAGGAAUGGUUUGCAGAAUCCUUGUCCAACUCCUAUGUCUUCGUAGCUGCCAAGAAAGAGGAGCUGAAUUUAAUACUUCUGCUGCAUCUUAAGUUGCAUCAACAAAAGCAGGAGGAGAUACAGACAAAUAUCUACAAUGUUCGAGCUGCGGAGCUGUCACUUCACAAAGAGCACCUUGAGUGCCACUGUGCAGUGCUGGCAGAAGUCCUGAAAAAGGAGAAAGAUGCAUUCCUCAGAUUUUCAGACCAGCUCAAUAACUUCAACACAAGCUUUCAUUCCCGAGUCCAUAACUUGGAGUAUGACUUGCUCCACGCUCCUGUGACUGAGCAGUUAGUUUAUUCCCGCAAUAAUCUGGAAUCAGAGCUCCACAACCAUCUGGAAUCAAUCAGGGUUACUGUGAGAAGUUACCAGCAGCACUUGGAGGAAGCUUUAGGAAGAUUAAGGGACUCAAAUGUGGGUUUUCUCAAAAGUUGCAGAUUAUUUUCAGAGGGUGGUGACUUUGCAUCUGAGGAGGUAAAGCUUUUCAACGAGUGUCUUCAGAAAGAAAGUAAGGAAAUUGACUCCUUUGAAAGUUCAAUCAAGGCAGAUGUAGAGAAAAUAAAAUCGAGCUGCUUGGAGCAGGCUACUGAACUUUUCAAGCAGUCUGGAAAAAAGUUUGCUUCUCUGUCUCUGGGUCGAGCCUUUAUGGAGAAGGUCCAUCAAUAUUUGAGAAAGCUACGACAGCAAAUCAAAUCAGAGGUAGCGAAUUCCAAUUUGCAGUCAGUCACAUUAAAGUCUUACCUGGAAAAGCUCCAGCAGAAGAGAGAUGCUUAUGUUCGUUCUACUGCAGAUAAAGAAGUUUUAACUUCUGAAGAGUUGUAUGCUUUUGCCAGAGAGGUGUUGGAAGAGCUGAAAAAGAGGAGCAAGUAUCUUGACUGCUUUGUAGUAAAGGCAGAGAUCCCCUACGGGACAUUGCAAGAGCACUUAGCCACUCCCGACGUGGAUGGGAGGUCACAAGAUUUCAUUGCUCCUGCUGUUCCAAAAGAGAGUCUUGGAGAUGAGAGCAAAAGGAUGGUGAUGGGACUGGAUCCUGACAAAUUCCCUUUGUUAAAUCCAAGCGGAAUGGAUACAUCAAUAUUUGAUGAUUUGGCAAUAAAAGUUAUUGGAAAUUUAGCUGGAUUUGACCCAUCAAAAAAAUAUCGAGACCUAAAUCGGGGGAAAAAGAAUCCAGUUCUUCCCCCAGUAAAGAAGAGGGUAUCUGAUGCAAAUUCUCAGAAGUCUACUAGCAAGAGGUCAUCUCGGGAUGAAACCAAGCGAAAAAAAAGUACUUUUAAGGGGAUUAUUAUGGAUAUUCUCUGUAAUGGUAACAACACCUUGCUCUGCCUUGGUGAGGAGUUCUAUGGAGAAAAGAAGAAUCCUUACUUGGGAAUGCUUGAAGAUCUGCCAGACACAUUUGAACAUUGGGCAGAAAUGCUCAGAGUGAAACUACUGUCAUACCAAAGGCAGACAGAUGAUUACUACAAUUUCUGUCUUAGAGAAUUUCGGGACCAGCUGAAGUGCUUUGAGGAGGAGCUCUCUUCUGUUUCCCAACUGGUCGUGGAAAGUCUUUUAAAAGAACAUGAGCAGAAACUCAGCUCUUUUACUGGUCAUAUUCAGCAUCUCUUCAACAGACAGCUGAAAGAUUGGGAGGAUGUGAAGACUACACACUGGAGAAAAUUACAUUACUCCCUGGGACACCCAAAUAACUCCCUUCAGCUGGAGGCUUUGUGCCAAGAGGAAAUAAAAAGGCAAAAAGAUCAAACUGAUGGAGUUCACCUGAACACAAAGAUGCUGCAGGAUUGUGCUGCUGAGUGUGCUCAGAGCUUUUUUUCUGCACUGGCUGCCCUCACUGAAAAGCUCCUGUUGGAACUAGAUGAAACCAUCACUGCUGAUGAUGUAAAAGUAGCAGGAACUGAAAUACCUACAGAGAAGACGCCAAGUUUAACGUGUCGUAAACAAACUGAACUUCCUCUAGGAACCUCCAAAGUUCAACAGUUAGUCAAACGAGGAAGGAGGUCUUGGCCAGGAAUACCUGAGACUGUUGUUCCCGACACUCCAGACUAUAUUCUUUGCAGAGGAACUGCAUCAGUUUCAACAGCUACAACUACCCUGGGCCAUCUGGCAGUGGUGGAUGCAAGACAAGCUGCAUAUAAGAAAUACAAAAGUAAAGUUGAACAGCUGUUUGCCCAGAUCAAGGAAGAAAAUGCAGCUCAGCUGCUGGCAAUUCAGCGUUGGAAUGAUUGGUGGAAAGAAUCUGUCUGGAAGAUAAAGCGACUCUACGUCUGA